UUCCGAUUAAAUGGUAAGAGAAAAGGAAUUUUGGGGGGAAAAUGGUCCAACGAAAUGCGAGAGGAGAAGACAGUCGCCCGCAGUUCCGGACGAAGUAGGCGGGCUACGCCGUUUUGGCUCUUCCGACCAGAACUGGAGACGUCACGAGGGUUUUCUGUCUUGAACUCUCUGCAGCUCAGAAACCCUACCAGAAUGUUUUAUUUCCAUCAAGAAUUUGCGGCUUCUGUAGGGUAAUAUAGUUUUGGAGAAGAAGAGAAGAGAAGAGAACCGACUAAUAGCCGAACCCUCUGUUCAGUUGCCGCCGCUGAGACGCUGCAGAAUCUCGGAACUGAGGUACGACGAUGGACCUUCUUGUUACUAUUCUAUAAAUUGGUCGCCUUGGAGCUUAUGUUAUCUCUGUUUCGGCUGCUCGGUGUUUGCUUGGAGUUUUUGGUUCCGCGUUGAUUCCUCAAUGUCCUUGGGUCUUCUGAGACUCCGAGUAGCAUCUGUUUUCAGAUGGGUCUCCUCGGCUUGCCCCGGGAACCACUUGGGACCGGCCAAAAUCGGAACUUGGCCACCUGGGUCGUUUCACAUUGCUAUGAUGAAACCUCGAUUGUACAGGACAAAGAGAGUUUCUUCGGAAAAUUCUGCGGCUAAAGAUGUGGUUAGGAUAUCUAGGGCGACUCGGAAACUAGCCCAAGUUGCCCUCCUAGACUACCUGCACUGCACCAGAAGCUUGCAGUUCAUGCUCGCGGAGCAUAUAAGCAAGAACUCGCCAGUGUUCCUCGAGACACUCUUAAAGAAGGUCAAUUGCGAGGGUGAUGUUCAGCGGUCGGUGACCCGCUUCUUGCGUUAUCAUCCGAUAAAUGAGUUCGAGCCUUUCUUUGAGAGUAUAGGUCUGGAACCGUGCGAAUACAAUCCGCUGCUUUCGCAGAAUCUGAUGUUCUUAAGUGACGAUGAUACUUUGCUGGAGAACUAUCAUGAGUUAUGUCACUACGGGGUCGAACGGAAUAAGAUUGGAAGGAUAUUUAAAGGGGCCUCCGAAGUUUUCCGGUAUGACUCUGGGAUCUUGAUGUCAAAGAUCCGAGUUUAUGAGGAGCUUGGGCUUAGUAAGUCUCUUGUAAUCAAGAUUAUUGUUUCUAGUCCUUAUCUCUUGAUUGGGGAUGUGAACCAGGACUUUGUUGAAGUGUUAGAGAGGUUGAAGGGGAUCGGGGUUGAGUUCAGUUGGCUUGAGGAGGUUUUCCCUGAUGGUGUCUACAUUAGAUGGAGUCAGAUCCAUGGGCUAUUAGACCUAUUUAGUCAGAUGGGCUGCAAUGAGGAGCAGUUGAACCAAUUGAUCCAUCAGCAUCCUGAGAUUCUGUUUGAUGGCUCUGGGGGCAGGACACUUUCCCUCAUCGGCUUUCUCCUCAAAUUUGGGUCUACACUGCAUGGUCUAUCCCCAAUUUUUCUUCAGUUUCCAGGAAUCCAACUUGGGAAGUUCGUUUCAAACUUGAGGCAGUGUUUUCUCUUCCUUUCUGAGAUUGACAUGGAGAGUUGUGACAUUGGCAGAAUCUUGCGAUCUCACCCGUCACUGUUGGGUCAAUGCACUCUGAAGAAACCCAACAGUAUACUUGCUCAACUAAAUGUUGGGAAGAGGCGACUUCGUAAAAUCAUCCUAGAAGAUCCAAACCAAAUGAAGAAUUGGGUCAUGGGAUCAAAGAUCGAGCGAUUACCCAGCUUGGGUGAGGACCAUGGAUCAUUAAUGGAAAGGAUUAAGUUCUUGUCCGGCUUGGGAUAUGUGGACGAGUCCAGUGCAAUGAAAAAGGCUCUCGAGCGGUUCCGAGGUAGAGGAGGAGAGCUCCAGGAAAGAUUCAAUUGCCUCGUGGAAGCAGGCCUGGACCCGAAGGAUGUCCUCGAGAUGGUCAGAGUGGCUCCUCAGAUACUGAACCAGUCCAAGGAUUUGAUCAACAGGAAGAUAGACUUCCUUGUGAACAGUUUGGGCUAUCCCGUCUCGACCCUAGUGAAGUUCCCAGCGUAUCUUAACUAUCAUAUCAAGAGGGUCAAACUUAGAUACUCAAUGCACAAGUGGUUGGUAGAUGAAGGAACAAGCGAUCCUAAGUUAUCCCUUUGUACCAUAAUCACGACUACAGAGAGAGCAUUCAUUAAGCAUCAAGUAAAUCAUCACCCGAACGGCUUGCAAGUUUUCCAAGACCUGAAGAGAGAAAUAUAUGCUUCAGUAAGCUAGUUUUUACUGAACAGUGUUCCGAUUUUUUUUCAUCGUGAAAACAUUUACCCAGCCCAGCAUCACUUGUUCCAUAGGUGGGAAGAUGGAUUCUUUUUGAAAAUGAAUCAUUUCUAUCUUCUUGUAUGUAUAGUUCUCUCUCUUAUCUGCUUUCCUAGCAUUGCAUAUCCUGCAACUGUCUGAGGUUAUUCAUGGCAUUUGGAAUUA